AUGUUCCCACGUGACUUCGUGGAUGAUGGUUUCACUACCGUGGACCAUGGAUGUACGAUGUUCCCACGUGACCUCGUGGAUGAUGGUUUCACUACCGUGGACCAUGGAUGUACGAUGUCCUCACGUGACCUCGUGGAUGAUGGUUUACCGAGAACCAUGGAUUGUGCUCUGAAACUCGACCUCGUAUUCAUCAUAGACGGUACCAGUGCUGUUCCCCCUCAUGACUUCUCUAAACUCAAACAAGCGGUACUUGCGCUCCUCAGGUGCAUGCAUGAGCGGGACCAGGUACACGCCGGAGUUAUUGUGUACGGAUCUACACUGGCUCGCCCCAUACCCCUCUCUGGCGACAGGAACAAGCUCGUGGAGUUGGAGGGGGUCAAUCCACCGAUGGGACAACCUGAAACACAUAUCGCACUGUUAAACGGAAGAGCCCUGUUUCGGAAACGAGGCAGGCCACAAGUGAAGAAAGUUGCAGUUUUCUUAACUAGUGGGUUAGGAAAGUUUGCACAGGAGACAAUUCAACAGGCAGAACAUGCACGUAAAGAGGGAUAUAGACUGAUUGUGGUCACCUUGGCGAGUGAAGUAGAGGGCGCUGACCAGUUACCAUGGCGACCCGGAGAUAUCUUUAAACUGAAAAAUGUCAACGAAAUGGUGGAAGAACUUGGAAAAAUAGCCAGGAAAAUAUGUUCUGUUGCCCAUGCGGAUGUUGUCAAGCCCCUAGUAAACCAAAACAGAACAUCCUCGUUUACAAGGCAACCAAGCAAUGGUCACGAAGCCCUUGGGGAUAUUGCUGAGGCUCUCAGAGGGAAGACGGAUGGCGACGCUUCAGAUAUGUGUUCACAAAGUAUCCUGAUAGAAGGGGUUGGAUACGCCCGUCAUCCCAAGGAGUGUGACAAGUUAGUCCAAUGUUUCCUAAAGGAAAGUGGAGCGUGGUACUACGUAGUCCAAUCCUGUGGAGUGGGGGAAUUCUGGGACCAGGAACUACUGGCAUGCCGAUUAGCUGAAGUUGUCGACUGCCCUAACGACAGGUGUAAGGAUCCGUCUGUGACGUCAGUGCCCCACUCUGACAACUGUAAAGCAUAUUACCACUGCGAGAAGGGUCAUUCCGUGGGUCAGUGCUGUCCGGGUGGAUCAACGUUCGAUUCAGAACGAGGCUGUGUAAACCAUACCGCAUGUCCUCAGGAAUGUGUGCCGGAAACGAGUCCAAAACCAGGUUUUUGUGACAGAGCGGCUGUGUUUGCCAGACCGGAAGUGUAUAGUCAAUACAUCAGCACCGGAUCGUACUGGGUAGAGAUGCCCUGUGCAAACGGAAGUUGGUACAACGACCGGAAAUGCAGAUGUACCGAGGAGAUAGUGAAACCUUGGGGCACUGAUUCCAACAGCAGGACUUCAAUGUGUAAACCCGAAGUCUACCUACCUUUCUGUGGCGGACUAACGGAUCACUCUGGACAUGGCAACGUCAUCGAGAACGAGGGUGACCGCGUCUUUGUGAUUGACGGGAAGGCUUACUUUAAUGGCCACUCAACUCUCUACCUUCCAAGUUUUUCGAACGCUCACUACGGCGAUUCGGUCGUCAUUAAGCUCAAGUAUAAGAUGGCAAAACGUAAACUAGAUCAUGGUGACUCCGAUGAAUACAGCGACUUUGACUAUUACAACCCGGAUGAUGACAGCUACGAUUUUAACGAUGAAUAUGAUGAAGACGAGGACAACAGAUUAUACAAUACGAUGGCACUUGUCUCCAAUGGCGACUGUGAUAACGAUUACACCUGGUCCGGAUCAUGUUACGAGAACCCAACCAUCACCAUAGCGACGAACAGACGGACAACCAUCUUUAACGUUUACACGUCCGAGGAUGAACAGGAAACACAGAUGGAGGUACACAAGAAACUACGUAAAAAAGAACACGAUGAAUUGGAUGUGGAUUAUUAUGACGAUGAAUACUACUCGUAUCUGUUCGAGAAUGGGUUUCAUGACGAUUCCAGCAACUGUACAAAUGACACAUGGGAUGACGAAUGGCGUACUGUGAUGUUCCUGGUCCACAACAAUUCAUUCAGUGUUUACGACAACAGUCUUCAUGACCAAAGUAGAGUUUCUGGUUAUGUGAGAACUACGUCAGCAGGACUUCAGUUUGGCCAGGGUUCGGGAUUCAGAAACUUCAAAGGAUAUAUGGACGAGAUCUACGUGUACCUCUGUAGACCAAACGACAGCGACCUGUUUGAUGAAGCCGACACCACCGGAUCUGAUUCUACGGUAACCGAGGUUAACAUGGACGAAACCACCAGAUACACACCUUCCGAUGUCACGAAACAUCUUUCCUCUCCAUCAACUUCAAUCGGAACGACGCAAGCUGAGACGUCUGGUGACGUCUUGGACUACAGCAGCGAAAGUUCAUUGAUGACGGAAUCCACGGUGACGGAGUACGAUGAAGUCUAUCUUACACGUAUCAUUACGGAAGCGUUGGACUCGGAGUUUUCAACAACCAUGGGAACAAUUGAUUUAUCGGAAGUGACGUCACUCAGUGAGAGUACAACAUCAGUUAGAGAAUCAUUUACAGCAGAAUCUUUAACAACUGUAUCUGAUUCGGAAACAACUUUAAAAAAUAGUUCAUCAUCUUUUAACUCUACAUCAUCAUCAUCAUCACCCAUCGAGAGUACUUCAUUACCUGUUACAGAAUCAUCAUCACCCAUCGAGAGUACUCCAUUACCUGUUACAGAAUCAUCAUCACCCAUCGAGAGUACUCCAUUACCUGUUACAGAAUCAUCAUCACUCAUCGAGAGAACAUCAUCACAUGUUACAGAAACAUCAUCAAAUCCAUUAAGUACUUCUUCAUCAGUUUUCUUUGAUUCAUCACAACCGGUGAUAGAAGAUACAGAAAAAAUCACCGAAACAUCAUCAAUUUCUUCACCUACUAACUCUUCACAUUCAAAUUAUCAAACGACUUUUGAACCAGGUGUAAAAGAAUACAUCACCGAAAGUGAACUUCCGCAAACAGACAUUUACUUCAAAAAUCGCUACAACGUCACUUCCGUUUCUGGUAUUUUGGAAGAAAGUGAUUCAUAUAAUACCUCGAGCCAACAUAACAGAACUACGCCCCUAGGUGGUGAUGUUGACAGUUUGAUCAUACCUACUUCCAGUCUACGUGGUAUCGUUCUUAACAAUAACUCAUUUUUAUCAUUACUUACAGGUAAAAAUACAUAUUUAAAGUCAACAACAGCUGUUGCAAGUAUACAACUUGGAAAUGAUACUCUACGGCUACAUAAUAAUAGUGAAAAUAAUGGAAAUUGUUGUAUCGAUUCUCAAAUACAUGGUGCUACAAAGGGGCACAAUCACACUGCUCAAAGUAUUCUCAAGACAAAUGGUGCUAUUAUCCACAACGAAAAUGGUGAAUAUAUCGAUAAAGAAAGACGAAGAGCCAAAAACAAUAGUCUUACAACAGCUAUACAAUCUACAGACGACACCACCGCCGGGGCUGCUACAUCCCAAGGGUCCUACGUUACACAAUCAGUUAAUUUUUCAAAGUGGCUAUUUGCCAAAUUUGAUAGUGAUUAUCACAGCGAGAAUAGACGAUCCCAUGAUAGUGAAGCUAACGUGACUGGAUGGCGACCAGAACAUUGAUUAUACUUUAGUAAAGAUAUUUUUAUGAAUAUA